GGCUACGCUCAUCGUGUCAGAACGAGGCCAAUUGACGUCAAUUCACGGCUGUGAUUGGCUCUCCGUCUUGUUUCCGGUGCAGCGGCCACCAAGGACUGGGGAAAGACAAGCCUGGAGUUUUGUGACGAGCAACAGAGAACGAAAAAACAGCAAAUAGUCAUCUGAAAACACCAAUUGUAAGGUGAAAAUGGCAUCAGGUAGUUCUAGCAGCGAUGAGGAAAGAAGUUUGCGGGAGUGUGAGCAGUAUGUACAGAAACACAACAUUCAGCAACUUCUGAAGGACUGCAUUGUUCAGCUGUGUACAGCCCGACCAGAAAGGCCAAUGGCAUUUCUUAGAGAGUAUUUUGAAAGACUGGAAAAGGAGGAGGCCAAACAGAUAAUAAAUCAACAAAAAUCAAGCUUUCGCUCAGAUUCUCGAGAAGAUGAAAUCUCCCCACCUCCACCAAUGAAUCCGGUUGUAAAGGGGCGUCGGCGACGUGGGGCCAUUAGUGCUGAGGUAUAUACUGAAGAGGAUGCUGCAUCCUAUGUUAGAAAAGUUAUUCCUAAGGAUUAUAAAACAAUGGCAGCUCUGGCUAAAGCUAUUGAAAAAAAUGUGUUAUUUGCACAUCUUGAUGAUAACGAAAGAAGUGAUAUUUUUGACGCUAUGUUUCCAGUUACUUAUAUUGCUGGUGAAACUGUUAUUCAGCAAGGUGAUGAAGGUGAUAAUUUCUAUGUAAUUGACCAAGGUGAAAUGGAUGUGUAUGUGAACAAUGAAUGGGUCACCAGCAUUGGUGAGGGUGGCAGUUUUGGGGAGCUUGCUUUGAUAUAUGGGACACCAAGAGCUGCUACUGUUAAAGCAAAGACAAAUGUGAAACUGUGGGGAAUCGACAGAGACAGCUACAGGAGAAUAUUAAUGGGAAGUACGUUGAGAAAGAGAAAAAUGUAUGAAGAAUUUCUCAGCAAAGUGUCGAUUUUGGAAUCUUUGGAUAAGUGGGAACGCUUGACAGUUGCUGAUGCCCUGGAACCUGUGCAGUUUGAGGAUGGACAAAAGAUUGUGGUGCAGGGAGAACCUGGAGAUGAAUUCUUUAUUAUUCUUGAGGGUACAGCAGCUGUACUGCAACGUAGGUCAGAAAAUGAAGAGUUUGUAGAAGUUGGACGGUUGGGACCAUCUGAUUACUUUGGUGAAAUAGCUCUUCUAAUGAAUCGCCCUCGGGCAGCCACUGUGGUAGCUCGUGGUCCCCUGAAGUGUGUAAAACUUGACAGACCUCGCUUUGAACGUGUGCUGGGGCCAUGUUCAGAUAUUCUCAAACGAAACAUUCAACAGUAUAACAGCUUUGUAUCACUGUCUGUCUAAAGAAUCUUUACCCUUUCUCUGAUUGCAAGGUCCAGAAAUGCAGUUUGCUUAGUUUAUCAUUUUUAUGACAUCUACUGGUCCACCAGCAUUAUGCUUUCUUAAGUGUUGGUUUCUGUGUGUCCAGCUCAGUGCUUUGAAUCAGGUUUCCAAUGCAUUACUUUUUUUUUUUUUAUUAUUAUUAUUCAGUUGUGUGCGUGUAUGUGUAUGGAAAUACAUAACACAUACACAAAAAAUAAAACUACUCAAGUUGUCUGUACUUCAGACUUUCUAUGUGUAAAAAUACAAUUUGAAUUAUUAACAAAGCUAAAUGGUAUAAAGUGUAUACUUUAUCACUUUAUAUCAAUUGAAUAAUGAAGCCACCUGGUUUUAAUUAUUCUGCAUUUUGUUUAAAAAAAAAAAUUGAAAAUUAUAACGUUUCAAAAUCUUCUGACAGAUCCCCAUCCAUUCCCAUUUGGUUUAGUGCCACCCACCACACAUAUACACCUGCACUCAUCCCACCACCACAUACUUAGCUUGAAACAUUUUUUUCCUUGAAUUAUUCUUUAAGAAAGGAGUUUGAGUUUGAUAAAAAAGCUAGUGUACCUUACACUGUAACUUCAAAAUGUCAUAAAUGUUCACUGAUUGCUGGAGAAAAGUCCAUUUUAACAGACUUAAUAUUUUGACUAUAAAUCUAGUGCCAAACAGUAACUAAUGGUUAUAAUUACCAUUAUAAGAACCAUUAUAAGCCAGAAGUUUAAAUAGUAUAUGCAUUUAUUUCUUUGAAAUAAUGUCACUCAUUACAUUUUUUUUACAUUGAUGAUUGAUAUCACCAAGGAUUUGUGCUAGUAAUUUUGAUUUUUUUGUGCCUGGGUGAAGAGUUCAAUUGGCAGAUGGUGCUUCUCAUAAAAAUAUUUACUUUUCUAACUUUCUAUAUUUGCCGUAAAGACUGUACAGUAUCUGUGUAAUGCAUUGCAGUUUUAUAAGUGCUGUUGUGGACAUGAGGCAGAUCAAAAAAAGAACAGAAGUGAAUUUUCUCAUUAUGGUUUAAAAGACAAGGUGGAGACACUUGCUUAAUAAUCAGUUCAAAAAAUGUUAAUACCAUAACUGCUCAACAAAUAUUCUUAUUAUAGAAGUGUGAAGACUGACUUGUCAGGUUUCUGUUAUAGCUUAUCAAGAUGAUUUAUUUCAUCCCUCUUUUACCAAGAAUUAUUCAGAAGGUCUUAAAGAUAUUACAGUAUUUUUACAGUUAAGUGUUAAUUACUUUAUGUGUACCAAUGCUAUUUUUUAUGAAACGUCAGUUUAUUGAUGUAUUUAAUCAAAAUAUAUAAUUAUUUCUUGUACAGAAUGAGGUAAAGUUGGAGAGUACUGUAGGUGGGAGUGGCAGCAAGCUCUUAAGAUAAUCCCAUAAGAUGUUUAAGGAGAAAAACUCAUUAAAUGUAUGUCUUUAUACGUGUUAUUUACAGGGUAUCAUCAUGGUUUACUAAAACUAUUAGGUCACAUUUCAUAAGACAAACACAAUCGCAUGUCUACUGCACUUGUCAUUGCUUAAAUAUGCAUUUGUUUAACAUCAUACAUAGUUGACAUUUAUUUAGUUACAGCAUACAUAUUGUGAAACCUUAAUCCUUCUGUUGACCAAAGUGUAUGUGCGUUUUCCUGUUAACAUGUACAGUUUAGAAAUUCCACAGAUUUGUGUGCUAUUUUUUUGUCUUUUGGAGACUAAAAAGCCAUGCAUUUCAAAUCUGGUGCUGGCAGUUUAUUUUUCAAAACAUAGUUUUAAUUUUAAAACAGUUACUACUAUUUUUAAGGACAAAGUAUGUCUUUACAAAAAAAAUGUAUUUCUCUAAAUAAAACCUUGAAAUUCCCGUAAAAUUAUUGUACUUGCACCACCCUUGAUAUGUUUGUUUUACCAGUAUGGACAACUUUUUAGGUGCCAUGUUACAUGAAAUAUUUUGACUUGAUCUUCCUAGGGUUUUUAUUUGGCAAAUUUUUCUUAGUAUAAUAUGACACCUGAAACUCAUCUGAUUCAAUAGUUAGUAUUAAAAAGAGGCAAUACCUGGAAAAAAAAAAUCGGAAUCAAAUUUUACUCUGAGCAUGAUUUUAAAAAAAAAAGGAAAAAAUACAUUUUUUAAUGUCCACAACUCCCCAUCCUUUUGACUUGCUUUUCACUCCCAGGUUUUAUUUAGUCAGUUUAUUUUAUGAUGCGUCAAUCUGUUGCUUUAAUUUAAGCAUUUAUUAAAAUUAUAGCUUUACCAGUGUGUGAAAUCAUAAGUAUGUAUGUUUGGAAAACACAGUUGACAUAGUUUGCCUUAGCUUAUGUGGUCGGGGCUUUAAAAAUUAUUACUUCUGGCCCAGUCUUCAGCAAGCAUGUAUUUACAGUUCUCUAUGAGCUGUAGAUCAGCAAUGGACCAUUUUUUUAUUGUUAUUCAAUGACUGUAUACGAUUUGAUUUAUUUUAUGUGCUAAAAUGAUAAUCCUUUUGUUAUAGAUUGUCCUAAUGGCAGAUCAAGCAAUAAAAAAUUUAAAUUCUUAA